GCUGCGCGCGGGCACUCAGCGAUGGCUCACAGGCCCCAGCGGACCUUCCGGCGGCGCCAGGUCGACUCCAGCGAUAGCGAUGGCGCAGAGGAUCCGACGGCUGAGGCCGGGACGCAGAAGGAGCAGGCGGCCCCGGGCUCCUCGCGGCGCGCGGACGGCGGCUCGGGCGCCCCAGAAUCCAGAAGAGUUGAUCCUUCAACAGAUGAAGAGGAUGGAACACUGCACUCCUCAGAGAGUAAAGAUGGUCAGACUUCAUCCUCUGACAGUUCUAGCUCACUAGAAGAAAGAAAAUUUUCAUCAACAGUUAAAAUCCCUGAUGCGGCUUUUAUUCAGGCAGCCCGCAGAAAGCGUGAACUGGCCAGGGUCCAAGGUGAUUAUAUUCCUUUGGAUGUGAAACAUCCCUCCACCAUCUCUGCUGUGGAGAGGGACAGUGAAGAGGAUCCUGAGAGUGAGCCUGAUGACCAUGAAAAGAGAAUACUCUUUACCCCAAAGCCCCAGACACUGAGACAAAGAAUGGCUGAAGAAACAAUGAGCAGAAAUGAAGAAACAAGUGAAAGCAGCCAGGAAGAGGAAAGUCACAACAUUUGGGAACAGCAGCAGAUGAGGAAAGCAGUCGCAGGCACUGAGGGAAGAAACAGAGGCCUUUCCCACAUCAGUGAUUCUCCAGCAGUGAAGAAGUUCGAUACUUCCACUUCAUUUCCACCAGUAAAUUUAGAAAUUAUAAAGAAGCAGUUAAACACUAGAUUAACAUUACUACAGGAGACUCAUCGCUCACACCAGAGAGAAUAUGACAAAUACGUAGAAGACAUCAAGAGCUCAAAGAGUACAAUCCAGAAUCUGGAGACUUCGUCAGAUCAAGCUGUAAAUUAUAAGUUUUAUAAAGGCAUGAAAAUGUAUGUGGAAAAUUUAAUUGACUGUCUAAAUGAGAAGAUUAUCCACAUCCAAGAAAUAGAGUCAUCCAUGCAUGCACUUCUCUUAAAACAAGCCAUGACCUUAAUGAAACGCAGGCAAGAUGAAUUAAAACAUGAAUCAACGUAUUUACAGCAGUUAUCACGCAAAGCUGAGGUAUCAACAAAUGGAACCUUGUCUGUAGAUGAAAAUGCGCAAAGGAUUUUAGAAGAAGUUGAAUCACGAAGGUCACAAAGAAGACAAGCAAGAGCGCUUGCUGGGAAUUGCAGCCAUCAGGAGGGGACGUCUAGUGAUGAUGAACUGCCCGCUGCAGAGAUGACUGACUUCCAGAAGAACCACGAUGACAUUUUACAGGAUCAUAAGAAAGUUUUUGAAGAUGUGAAUGAUGAUUUUUGUUGCAUCCAGAAUAUUUUAUUGAAAUUUCAAGAAUGGCGAGAAAAGUUUCCUGAUUCGUAUUAUGAUGCCUUCAUUGGUUUAUAUAUACCAAAGCUUUUAAAUCCUGUAGUAAGAUUUCAAUUGAUUGUUUGGAAUCCACUUAAGUUGAGCUCCAUGGGCUUAAAACAGAUGUCAUGGUUCACAUCUAUAGAAGAAUUUAUUGAUAGAGGUGUAGAAGAUACGAAGAAGGACACUAGUUCUGAUAAAGAAAUUUUGUCUACUGUCAUCAACAAAACAAUUAUUCCUCGACUUACAGACUUCCUAGAAUUCAUUUGGGAUCCCCUGUCAACUUCACAAACAACAAGUUUAAUAGCACACUGUGGAGUAAUUCUUGAGGAACAUUCUACUUGGAAAAAUGAAGUUAGUAAAAGCAAACAGGAUUUGCUUAAAUCCAUUGUUUCAAGAAUGAAGAAGUCAGUAGAAGAUGAUGUUUUCAUACCUCUGUAUCCAAAGAGCACUGUAGAAGAUAAAACAUCAGCGUAUUCAAAGUUCCAAGAGAGACAGUUCUGGUCAGCUCUAAAGCUCUUCCGUAAUACUCUUCUUUGGAGCAGCCUCCUCCCAGAUGACACACUGAAAGAGCUAGCACUAGGAAAGCUGCUCCAGCGCUACCUGAUGGUAACUCUUCCUAAUGCCAUUCCUGGGCCAGAUGUUGUGAAAAAGUGCAGCCAGAUAGCAGCAUGUCUACCUGAAAUGUGGUUUGAAAAUCCUGCUAUGAAGACAUCUAUUCCCCAGAUGGAAAGCUUCAUUCAGUUUUUAUUGCAAUCUGCACGUGAUUUAUCUAGAAGUGAAUUCAGGAAUGAAGUCAAGGAAAUAAUUCUUAUUCUGGUGAAAAUAAAAGCUUUGAAUCAAGCAGAAUCCCUCCUAGAAGAAAAUCACCUAGAUGAUCUGAAGUCAUUAAUUAAAGAAGUUUGAAUAAACUUUGUAAGAAAGAACUAAUAGGAGAUGUCAGCGUAGUCACACUCAUUGGCUUUCCUUGGAAAAGGCCGAUGCCUCUUUCUUCCCUUGGGUGGAGGCAGGGUUUGCAGAGGAGCAGAGCCCCUCACUCCAUCCCUGCACACUACCCUCUGGUGGCCUGAAAGGCUCCCCUUCCCGAUUCUUCCCUCUGUGAAAGAAUUAAAUGUGUGGGAGCAGUAAGAAUUCAGUGUUUCUUUUUGUUUCCUUCUUUUUCAGUUUUAAAGUGGCAGAAAUCCCGCAUGUAACUGCUUUAACUUAGGUUAUUUAUUUGAAC